ACUUCGAUCUCAUCGGUCUCUCCCUGUCUUUCUCUACCUCUCCACCCUUCUUUUUCCCGCUUGGAGGACGGAAACCAGCUACCACCACCACCGGCACCCACCACCACCACCACCACCGCCGCCAGCACUACCACCACCGCCGUCGUCGCUGUCUCCGCCACCGACGACCGGGGAGACACACGUAGUCUAAACGUGAGACUCGUACGAACGUCGUCGUCGUCGUUGUCCUCGCCGGUAGUCGACGUACGCUGUUUUGUCGAGCCAGCCCUUCCUCGGUUCUACUCCGUACGGCAUCCGUUCGACGUAAAAACCAGCCGCAGAUCGAGGCUCCAGGGACGUUUAUAGGCUAUCGCGGAGUAACCAGCGACCAAGAUGGCGGCUUUCGUGGCGAAGCAGAUGGUCGGGAACAAGCUGAACGCUGUUAAAGGAGCCGUUGGUGGCGAAGGCGGAGACGAAGAUGACAAGGAGAAGGAAGAGGAGGCCGAGAGAGAAAGGCAAGAAGCCAUCAGGGAGGCUGAGGAGCGACGGAAGGAAAAGCACCGUAAAAUGGAGGAAGAGCGAGAAAAGAUGCGACAAGAAAUCAGGGACAAGUAUAACAUAAAGAAACGAGAAGAAGUACAAGAGCUCACCCAGGAAGAACCUAAUCCUUUGAUGCGUAAGAAAAAAACGCCAGAGGAGUUGGCCGCGGAAGCUGAAGCGGAGGACGAGGACGAGAUUACCAAAAUCAGGAACACGAUAGAUACGCAUUUACAAGAGAUCAAAGCGCACGUACUGGAAGGUAAAUGCGAUCUCCAAUAAGCCUACCUGCACCUUCGAAGCGGUCGGUAAGAAGGGUGGCACCAUGUGUCACCAGGGCCGCAUCCGCAUCCGCCUCUCAGCCCCUACGACAUCACGAGGAAGGAAACGAGUGAGAUCUGACGUGUUGGAGAAACGAAGGGAAACAACGAUACGAGAAGCCAGCAGCGUCGUCGUCGUCGUCGUUGUGUCGCUCGAGUGUAGAUCGAUUCGAUAUUCCGAUUGGCCAGUCGUCGCUUAGAGUGUAAAAGGAAGCGAUGGCACUCGAGACGCCUCAAGAAACACCCUUCGUCGUCGUCGAAUCUCGAGAAUCGAACAACCGAUCUCGUCGAGGGUUUUCUGCGUCGCGUGGAGGACGAUCUCGAGGAACGAACCCGUCGAUCGUUGAGCUCGAAUCGAUAUCGACGGGGGAAAAGAGAGAGAGAGAGAGAGAGAGAUAGAGAGAGAUUUUCGCGGAGGAGCUCGCGUGCCCAUCGUGAAAGAAGGUAUCGUCGUCGUUGCCCAUAUCGAGGACGGCUCUCCGACGCGAAACUUCUCAAGAGCGCGAAACAAAUUAGAGGAUUCACGGUGGAUCUCUUCGAUAGUUGACUGGAGGAGUCUUGAAAGAGAGACGAACGGAAACCUGAGCACACAAAGGUUCGCGUCAGCGCGUAUCGAAAUUGAACAACAUCGGAAGAGCAAGGGAAACUUGGGGAGUCUUUCUGUCGGAACGACACCCAAAGAACCUCCGAAGACGCGAUCGAACGACUUCGCAAACUCGAAGCUUUUGUAAUUCUGGUCCUGGGAGAUUACCGACGGUAGCGAAUGAAAAAGGGAAGCACCUGGUCGAUCGCGUCGAUCGACGGAAAACGAACAACUGUCUCGAGUUCCCGCGGAGUUUGAUGACGAAACGAACCAAAAGGGAAUUACAGGCAAACGAUUCGGGAAGAAGUUUAAGCUGAAAAGUUUCGAGAAACGAGAAGGAGACGUACGAGUCAAGAUUCGCAGGGAACGAAAGAACCCGGAAACGGAGACGAUUGUCAACGAGGACGAUGACGAGACGAGAACAACGAGGACGCGGAAGAUCGUUUGCGCCUCAGGAUUCCGGAAAUAGAUGAAGAACGAGGGACACUGAGUCUUUUCGAAUAUCGUACGAAUACCGUGGCGUAGAAGAGGCGUGAGCAGUCGAAGGGCGCGUACAUAUUUAUAAAUAUAUAUAUAUAUAUAAAAAUAUAUAUAUUAUAUAUCUACACACACGCACGCACGCACGCACGUACGCGAGCGCGAUAUAUGUGUAGAUUCACGGACAUACAUGCGCGUGAGCGAGCGUGGAUGCGUACGCGCGUGUGCGUGGGUGUGGGUGUGUGUAUAAGAAAAUACGAAAGAAGUAAAAAAAGACGUAAAAAAAAUCUAGCACCUAAGUUUCUAGCGAAUUUUUCGAAUAGCGGUAAAAUGACAUGAAACUACCGGUAGCAGAGUUACGUAGUCGCUAGUUCGUUCGACGACUGUUCAAUAACAAGGAGAUCAGAAAGGAGGGAGUCAUUAAUAUUUAUUAUUACAGUUAUCGAUUAUUCUCACAGUUUAUAACCACGGUCAUUGUUCUUAUUAUUGUUACCACUGGAUGUUUGUAUUUAGAAGACGAAACAAAACGGUAGUUAAGACAAGGAUCGAGGGCCACGAGAAACAAACGCCAAUAGACUGAGAGGCCAACGCGCGAAGACUGCGAUGGACUGGUCGAGAGAGAAAACGAAACACCGGAAAUAUGAGAGUAACCGGCGGCCCUUGCUCUCCCUUCCGUCCAAAAUUCGAAUUAUCUCCCCCCCCUCCCCCCUUCCCCCUAACGUAGCUCGAUCGCGAGGGUAGCGAGACGCGUAACACCUGAGCAAUUCUUAGGGACACUUUAGUUAGAGUACGUUACCAAAAAAAAAAAAGAAGAAAAAUUAUCUGUCUACGAGCAAACAAAGGCAAACAAAAAAAUGAAAAACGACAAAAAAAAAAUGAUAUCGACGAAACGAGAACGCGUUACUCGACUACCGUGAGAUGAAAAAUGCCUUUCUUUCACAUUUAUACGAUGCGUUUUUAUCGAGCGUAAUUGUACAUGUAGGUUUAAUCGAUUUAGUGAAAACAAACGGGAUUCACGCGUAUUUUGACGAGGACGGGAACACGACGCGGCUCGAUCCGUUCUCGAAUAAUGGACCUUCAGGUGUUACCGAUGGACAAACCUUCGAGCCAAGUAGCCAUCGUUGCAUCCCUUCACGGAACGAUUCACCGAUCAUUUACCGUGAUUGUUGUUGAAAGAACAACGCGUGAACGACGGUGGACGGGAUGGACAGAGAGCAUCGACUGCCGGCAAAUUAAUGCGAGCCUUAUACAUAUACGGAAUCCAAAGACAGGAACACUAAAUAAAUAAUUUGCUCAGACAAUACCGUUUCGUCGAGACCGUUUCUGCCCGGUGUGAAAGGUCGAGGAGGCUGAAAAUGAUUUUCGGCAAAUAAAAAUUUACGUUGUAGAUCGACGUUGGUAUAUGUAUAAGGCAAGAUGUAUCUGCGAUAGACGUAGGAUGCGUGAAACUAUGUGUUUUUUAUUUUUUUUUUUUUUUUUUUUCGUUUGUUUUUAUACGAACGAGGGAAAGAUUGGUACGAAACGGUACAUUGUUAUGUUCGAUAUCGUUCCUCGUUCUUGAUAUUGAUCUAUUCUUGUAUCUUCUUGAUCAUCGAAACUUCUCGAAUCUCUUUCGAUCGACUAUAGGAUCCUAAAAGCAAACUAACCUCUGACUUUUUUGAGAGAUUCCCCUGACACGCGCUCUGUAUCAUACUCGACCAUUCGGAAUAUUCGCCGAUGAUGUUUGUCGCGUGACAAGAAAAGAACCAGAAACAUUUAAAACAAAAAGCAAAGAUCGAACGAGUUUCCUCGUUACUUCGAGUAAAGCACGCUACGUUGGAACCACGACCCCGAUUCGCUUCAUUCGUAAACAGCAACUUGAAACGAUAAACGAAAAAUCAGAAGUCGGAAGGCCUUCUAUCCAAUAAACGUUUUAACAAAAAAAAAAAAUACGAACGCAUGUCAGCUUUCUGUAUGUCGUAAAAAGCAUUCUGUUGUUGGUUCUCGAUGUAAAUGCGCGUAUCUGUUAGCUGAUACCGUAACCGAUUUCUUCGUUUCGAUUCGCGUUACUCCGCAACAGACUGCAAACAAUACUUUCGACGCCAUUAAAAAGAAUCGCUAACUUUGAACACGAUACAGCGUUCAACUUCUUCGGUUCGACAGGAAAUUCAAGAGAACGUUUCUUCGAGUUAUUCAGACUCUCCUGUUGGCGGCUGUUUGUCCGCGGGAAACAAACCAAGAACUUUUCGACUUUAUAUUCCUCGAGUCAACUAAAACAACUUUCAAACGAAGGCUCGAUCGAUCGCGGAAGCUUGGUUUUACGACCCCGAAUAAUCUCUGUUUUUUACUUUAAUCGUUCGUUUUGUUUGUCGUUCCCCCCUAGGAGUUGCAGAGUAAUUCUGUGCGGAGUUUCGCAAUCGUUGCACGGCAAGUAGUUGAAACGAAAUAACGAGAAAAAAAAAAAAUGAAGAAAAAGUAAAAGCCUCGGAUGUGUGCUUCGUGUCUACUCGACGUAGUCUCUCUCUCUCUCUCUCUCUCUCUCUCUCUCUUUCUCUUUCUCUUUCUCUCUCUUCCUUUCUGUCAACGUGCAUGCUACCUGCGACGCUUCUCUAUCGAUGUCGAUGUCGUUGGAUAGAUCUUCUUUGCUAUGGCUUCUCUUCGACUGUCGGACGAUAUUCGAACAUCAUUUUCUCAUUCGCUCACUCUCUGUUUCUCUCUCUAUAAACGACGCUUAAAAUGUACCUAAAGAACGAUCCUACUUCAUAAUUCCGUGUCCCCGUUCCCCGUCCGUUUCUCCGCCGAUCGAAAUCGAAAAACUUGCCUCGCAGAUUCAGCUUGUCCCGUAAAAUCUACACGAUACACACUUCAAGUCAAUUACUCAAUAAUUAAUCCAAAGAUAUAAAUAUAUAUAUACAUUGACGCUAGCGAGAAAUACACGCUCGUACAUUAUUUUUCUUUUCCUCUCAACAUCUCGAUAUAAAUAAAUAAUUGUAAAGAAGCGCACGCAAGUGCGCGAACAGUCCCAUUCAUACGGGACUCUGAAAGUUUCAAACGCUCGAAAGAGAUCGUUAUUCGCUGUCAUUCGCCGCCAAUAACGAAAGGAUAAGAUGCCCGACGCGGCAUUAAAAUUAUUCCGUCAACUUCGAACUUCGACCACGUAACUAUCUAGCAGGCAGCUUACUACUUUCUCUCGUCUUUUAAUCGUAGCAACUUUCUCUCUUUCAAUAUCCCUGCUGAGUGUGAUCCCCCAUGCUCUCGAUGUUCUCUUUAAAAAAUCACGACUUAACUUUAAUCGUCGCGCGAAUACAUGUGCUAAAAGAAAAAAAAAAAAGGUUAGACCGCAAAAUAAAAAAUUAACCGAAAUCUUGCUGUUGUCGCUACUGUUUACUGCUGAUUAAUGUCCUGUGUCGUUGUUGUUUCUCGAUGUGAUCAGCAUGAAUGUUGUUCGUCGCGUUGUCUAGUCGUUGUUAACGUUUAACCGCCGACGUCACUCUCUCUUGUUCUUUUUAUCAACGAUAUUGUUAAAAGCUUCGUAAUGUAAGUUUCGACGAAACGAUUAAAGCUUCGUGUGCCUUUGGUCUCUGUAUUUUAAUUGAAACGUUUUACAACCAACGGAAUCGUUUCGAUCGUGUUUCGUUUCGUUCGAGUUCUUUCUCGCGAAUCUAUUUACGCGUGAGCUCGACAAUUCGUAGAAUUUGGGUAAACAGGCCGAUUGCCGACGAUUUUUCACCGCCACGAGCACAACAAUAAACACGUAGUAAAGAUAAAAACAGAGUAAAAAGAAAAAAAAUGGUGAACGAUUCAUCGAAAGACAGAAUUUACGCGGGACGAUCGAGAAAGGGAACGUCCUCGAUAAACAAGAUCUGCUUUCCGGGUUCCAAAUCGUCUGUUUCCAUCGAAUAGAACGGCUAUUUAAAAAAAAACUAGAAAAAGAAAUUCCGGUCGCGAAGAGAAAUCAACAUCUCCGGAUUGUUAAAAGUUUGCGAGCGUCAGUCGCGCGAAUACUCUCGAGACUUUCUCUUGUUCUCUAAUUUCUUUUAUACUUUCUGUAAUUGCUGUCUGUCCUCGACCUCCUAAAUUCCCUUUGACGCGUACUCGAACUUCGACCCCCCUUUGUCCCUUCGCUUUCUUUCCCUUGAAGCCACCCUAAGCCGGCACGCGGCACGUGGCAAGUGAUACAAACAAAUAUACUUGAAUCUACUUAAUUCGUGUUUCAUAGACUUUAAUCCAGGGGGAAAAACGUAAUAAAAAAAAAAGAAAGAGGUGAAAAGGAAAUAUCGCGACGCGCGUCCCGUCUCGACGGAUCCUCGAGGAAAUUGCCCGGAAGAGGAAAAGAGUCGGGAUGAAAAAAAUUGCCUUUCGAUGUUAAAAAAAAAAAAAAAAAAAAAAUAAUCUCGCGCCGUUUACUCUAAUCACGACCAGACGUUCCGUGAUCGAUAUUCGAUGAACAAGAUCGACCCGUCCCGGCGAGACGCGCGUCGUAGCGUAUUUAAACCUACCUUUCUCGGGGUACUUGAUUAUCGGAGCCAAGCACUUAAAGGAGAACAAACAAUACGCAGAUAAUAUAACCGCGUUAGAUACGAAAUGCGCCGAAACGUUAAGAUUUAACGAGAGAUGUAACGCUUUUUUCUCCAUGUAAAUAGUAUCGCGUGUAACCAAAGAAACCCCCCGCGUGUAGCGUAACUACAAGUUUUCGAGGCGUAACCGUGUCAAGAAACGAUUUAACGGAUGAAUGGACGACGAGAGAUGAUCGUGUUUCCGUGGGCCUCGGGGGAUACCGUUGCUCCGCGGAGGACUUCCGGUCGCCGCGAUCGGAUCCACGGUUCCUCCGUGGCGUCGGAAAGUAAGCGACUCGCGAAAGAGGAAAACCGACUCGACUUAUUCAGAGACAACGACACAACGCAUUAUAAAGUAAUAAUUGAUAACUUAACGUUACAAAUCGUCGUACUAUUGUUAAUACUCUCUUACGGUGCGAGGACGAUGAUCUCAACGACGUGUGUGCGUUCCACGUGUGUAAGAAAAAUUAAAAAAAAACAAAUGAAAAUGAAACGUACGCGCGUAUCGUGCGGGAAUAACAAAACAGAUUAGACGAUAAGCGAGUGAUCACCCCCCCGUUAAAACGGAAAAAUUUAACAAAAAAUGAAAAAGAGAAAAAAAUGACAAAGUAAACGCAGCAAAAAAUCACAAUGUUAAAUAAGUAGAUGUUAGCUUUGUAUACAAGAGAGUGCCGAGAAAACCAAGACAAUUAAGGGGAAGAGAAAGGGAGAGCUUCGAUACGAUUGGCGAGAGUACCGAGACCGAACGAAAACGCGAAAAAAAAAAAAAAUAAACGGUUCUUUCAGCAGCUGCCAUUCGACGUGAUCAACAUCCUCUCGAGCGGACUUGUGCGAUUUUUUGGAUCGAAGCGGGUCCCCCUGUCGUUCGAGUCUCCCGUGGUUUUAACUUUAAAGUGCAAAAAAAGAAACUUGCAGAAUUAGUUUUACGCUAGUCGAGAAUAUACGAUUGGAUCAUGGUGCUAAAUUUUCGGAAAGGAAAAUACAAGUUUAUGGUUGAUCCAAUGAAAGUAACGAGUUUCUAUAGAGUUAAUUCGACGAGCUUGGUCGCUUCAAAGUUACGUCCCCGUUCCAACGAAUCGAAAAAUUGUGCGAAAUUGUCAUUUGGCGGCGACCGUGGAUUAUUUGUCUCGGAUUGGAUCGCUCGAGGCUGCAGAAACGUUUACGGAUUCGUUUGUAAACACGCGAAUCGGUACGCGUACGGUUUCCAGGAAUAUUAUGACACCGUAACGUAACGGAUUCUCAUUGUUACGUGCAGCCGCGACGAGCGCAAUGUUUUCUGGGAAUUCGAACGACAGGGCGACUCACCGUGUUUACGAUGUCGAAACGUGCUGCUUGGAUCUCACAAUUGUACCGUGCCCCGGUGUCUUCGUGAAUUCGUUCAACCGAGAAGCAAUAUUCUAGAUGCCUAUAAUUUACUACUAUCGUACGUGUCUUUAACGACAAACGAGAAGAGAAGCGACAAAAAUUAGAAACGCGCACCGACACACAACACACAAACACUCUCAGACACACUGUUGUACGUGUUUAAGAACCAAAGCGUGCAAACGCUCGUCAAACAAGGAAACAAAAGAAACGAUAUACUUUUCGGGGCGUUCCUUCUCACGGUUACUUGAAAAGAAACAUGGCUUCGCGUUCGACGCCUGCACACGUUCGCGUCGAUCUCCAUGUAAUUUUGUAUCUCGAUGUUCAAAGGCACGACGACGCGUGUCUGAUUACAUGCAACGACCAAUUAUUGUAAUCGUUACCAAUUAGGGUUGCGCGAAAGCCGUUAAUAUCUUGCGAAAUAUUCGAAAUACAGGGAAACGGUAUGACACGGGAGCGACCGGACGACGUGAAACGUUCGCGAAGGAAGCUUUCCGUAUAAUCGAGACUACGGGGGAGGAGAGGAAGACGAUAUUCGAAUGCCCAAAAAUCGCACGAAGCUUGCUCGACGAACAAAAGAAAGUAAAUUUUUUUAGGAAAACGAAUGACAACUAAAAACAGGGAGGAACAAAAUCUCUUGUGCGACGUAGCGCGCCUAGUAGCUAAGUAACUGGAACACGAACGAGUUUGUUGUUAAGCGUAAGAAUAUUAUAUAGCAUUUGAAAAGACAAAACAAGUAACGCCGGAUGGAUCGAUGAUGAUGAUGAUGAUGAUGAUGAAUAUAAUAAUAUUAUAUUGUUGUUAGAUUAUGUAUAAUAUAUAUGUAUAUGCGCGUGUGUGUAUACGUAUAUACAUGCAUGUAUAUAUAUUUAUGUAUAUAUACAUAAAUUGAUACAUAAAUAAAGUAACCUAAAUGUUAAGCGACCACUUGUUCACACGUACACGGACAUUGACACACACGCAGACACACACAUCGAGCACACAAGAGUUAAUCAUUUAUUUUGCAAAGCGAACAACGGACGUGGAAUAAAAACGUAUAUUUCGAUAAUCGUUUAAAUAUGAUUUGUUUUUAUCGCGUACUCGAAGGACGAACGUCGAAUCGUUUGGUCGUUGUGAAACGUAAACUUUACAGGGUUGGCCUUUUUCACAGCGAUCAAAGGGUAUUUCGAUGGUCGAACCCGAGGACGAUUAUUGAUAUCGCGACGCGAUGAAAUUCGACUAACACGCAUGGAAAUGCAACGAUUCACGAGUACCGUUUACACGCAGGCAACAAUACAAAGGGAUUGCUGAACACAAGUACGAGGAGUCAGCAUCUCCAAACGGUAAACCCACUUCUGGGCAUGUUCUCGGCUCUAGGGUACGUGUAAAAAAUGCAUACAGACCUAUUUUCUCUAUUCGUCUCUCCCCCUCGACCCUUGAAACGACGCGGAUACUCUGCAAGCCGCGUUCCAGGAAACGCAGACACCCUGAAUUCCGUCGUUUGAAUCGUCAAGGGGGUUAUCGUCGCCACUAAAAAUCCACAGAUCGAACGAAACUGUAACAAAGCGGGGAUUAAAUGAAACAAAAAUACGAAGAAACGAAAAAACAAACAAAGAAAGAGAAAUGUAAAAGAGAAGUAUAAUCGAGCUUUCCUCUUCCUACGUUGUACAAAAGGUUCACGACCGUUUCUUUUUGGCUUUCACGGCGGGAGAGAAGGUACAACACAACAAGA